ACAUAUGUUUAACCUUUCAAGAUGAAGAGUUUCCUCAGUAUUAGUUUUGUGCUUUUUUUACUUUGUUUAGUAGAUUCAAAGUCAUUAAAACCAAAUAGUUUUAAAAAGCGAGUAUUUCAGGAUCUCUUCGGAAAACUCAACCCAAGAAUAACGGGAGAUCCCGGAGAACCUCUCAUAUUAACCGACUUGAUUGAAGCAGGAAAACUGGAUGAAGCUCAAAAUAAAUCACUUGUAGAAGGAUUGGACACAGAUAUUAAAAGUUACUCUGGAUAUUUAACUGUUGAUAAAGAACAUAAUUCUAAUAUAUUCUUCUGGUUUUUCCCUUCACAAGGCAAUGCCAGUUCUGAUCCGGUCAUUCUAUGGCUUCAAGGAGGACCAGGAUCUUCUUCCAUGUUUGGACUUUUUAAAGAAAAUGGACCGCUUCUGUUAAACGAUGGUAACCUUGGUAUUAGAGAGACAUCUUGGAAUAAGAACAACUCAGUUAUAUACAUCGAUCAGCCAGCUGGAACUGGAUGGAGUUUUACCACAGAUGGAUAUGCUUCCAAUCAAACUAAAGUAGCUACUGAUCUGUACGCAGCUUUACAGCAGUUUUUCACCCUCUUUUAUCAGUACCAACAUCAAGACUUUUACGUUACAGGAGAGUCUUAUGCAGGGAAAUAUGUUCCCGCUAUAAGUUAUAAAAUUCAUCAAGCAAAUCCGGAAGCAAAGCUAAAGAUUAAUCUCAAGGGUUUAGCUAUUGGUAAUGGUUAUACCGAUCCCAUUGAGCAGAUUCAUUAUGCUGAGUAUGUGUAUCAACUCGGACUUAUGGAUUUGUAUACGACAAAUCUUCUAAAACAAACAGAGGCAAGAGUUGUAGAAGAAAUUAAAUCAGAAGAAUAUGAUGAAGCAUACGAUUUAUGGAGUGAUAUCAUAGACACUAUACAACAAUUUACAGAAAUAGACAUAUAUAACUAUUUGACAAUUAAACGUAGUCAUGCAGAUGAAACCGACUUAAAUGAAUUUUUCAGUAAAGAAGAGGUUAGAAAAGCAAUUCAUGUGGGCAACACUGAUUUUAAUCGACCGGACGAAGUUUACGAUCACCUUGCACAAGACUUCCCUAAAUCAGAGGCAUGGAAAGUCGCAGAACUUUUGAAAUACUAUAGAGUUUUAAUCUACAGUGGACAAACAGAUCUCAUGAUCCCUUAUGCUUUGACUGUUAACUAUUUACAAAAGCUUAAAUUUCCGGGAUCCGAUGAUUACGAAAAAGCAGAAAGAAUUGUAUGGCAUGAUGACGCUGAUAGACAAGUGGUUGCUGGAUACGCGAAAACAGCUGGAAAGUUAACGGAAAUUAUGGUUAGGAACGCUGUUGUAGAAGAAAUUAAAUCAGAAGAAUAUGAUGAAGCAUACGAUUUAUGGAGUGAUAUCAUAGACACUAUACAACAAUUUACAGAAAUAGACAUAUAUAACUAUUUGACAAUUAAACGUAGUCAUGCAGAUGAAACCGACUUAAAUGAAUUUUUCAGUAAAGAAGAGGUUAGAAAAGCAAUUCAUGUGGGCAACACUGAUUUUAAUCGACCGGACGAAGUUUACGAUCACCUGCACAAGACUUCCCUAAAUCAGAGGCAUGGAAAGUCGCAGAACUUUUGAAAUACUAUAGAGUUUUAAUCUACAGUGGACAAACAGAUCUCAUGAUCCCUUAUGCUUUGACUGUUAACUAUUUACAAAAGCUUAAAUUUCCGGGAUCCGAUGAUUACGCAAAGGCAGAAAGAAUUGUAUGGCAUGAUGACGCUGAUAGACAAGUGGUUGCUGGAUACGCGAAAACAGCUGGAAAGUUAACGGAAAUUAUGGUUAGGAACGCUGGUCAUUUGGUACCAGCAGAUCAGCCAGAAUGGGCGCUACAACUUAUCAAUAAAUUUACAAGAAACAUUACUUUUCACUAAAUGUCAAUUAAUUAACAUAAACACAAAUUUCCAAAAUUGUAC